AUGAGAUGGUGUCUUUUCGUUCUGUUUCCAGUUGUACAAUCAUAUUUAUUAGGAUGUUAUUAUGAUUAUAAUCAACCAUUAGUCUUACCAGAACAAUUGCCUAUUGGCGUAUGCACACAUGUUUUACUUAUUGGUGCAAUUAUCGUUAAGAAUCUUGGUGUAAACAUUAUUCAACAUCCAUAUAAUGGAUUAAAUGCUCUUCAAAGCAUGAGAAAUUAUCGUAUACGUGAUUCAAAUAAAUUAAAAGUCAUUCCAUCACUUAUUGGUGAUGAUAUUGAAUGGCAAAUAGCUAUAAAAGAUUCUAAAUCACGAAUGAAAUUCAUUAUAUCUCUUGUUGAAUUUGCUAAAUCUCAAAAUAUUGAUGGUCUCGAUUUUGAUUGGGAAUAUCCAUGUGGUACUUAUAAAUCAUUAUAUAGUCAGUUUAUUGAAGAACUUCGUAUAGUUAUUCAAAAAACAUUUGGUGAUGAAUUUCUUUUAACGACAGCUGUUGGUGCAGGCAAAUAUACAAUUGAUAAUUGUUAUGAAAUUGAACGUCUAGGUCAAUUACUUGAUCUAAUUCAUCUAAUGACUUAUGAUUAUCAUAGCAUUUAUGAUAAACAAACAGGUUACAGUUCACCAAUUUAUCCUAAAAGUAUUGAAAAAGAUGAUGCUCGACAAUAUAAUACAGAAUGGAGUGCUGCUUAUCUUGUUGAACAAGGUGUACCAAAAAAUAAAAUUCUUAUUGGACUUGAAGGACUUGGUCAUACAUUUCAAUUAAAUAAUUCAUAUAAUCAUGAUUUUGCAGCACCUGUUAUUGGUGUUGGUUAUGGUAAUGGAUGGAUGACAUUUAUUGAAUUUUGUUUGCUUGUUACAACUGUUGGAUCACAUUGGGAUGAUGAAGCUAAAGUUAAUUAUACAUAUUAUAAUGAUCAAUGGACAAAUGUUGGUGAUGUAAGAGCAGCAGUAGAAAAAGCUUUAUUUGUUAAAACAAAUAAUUAUGGAGGUGCAUUUACUUUUGGUCUUCAUCUUGAUGAUUCAACAGAUAUGUGUCGUCAUGGAGAAACUUUUCCAAUUCAUCGUACAGUUGCUCGACAUUUACAAUAA